AUGGAGAAUGAUCGCUCAGUUGUUUCAUCAAGUAACAAAACGGAAUUUAUCGUUGGCGAUCCAUCGAAAGCUCAGUACAGACUGGUCCGUAAAAUAGGCAGUGGUUCCUUUGGUGAUAUUUACCUAGGUAUAAACAUAGCCAACGGAGAUGAAGUGGCUGUUAAAUUAGAGCCAUCUAAUGCCCGUCAUCCUCAACUUCUCUACGAAAGUAAAUUAUACAAAAUUUUACAAGGAGCCAUAGGCAUUCCCCAUGUACGUUGGUACGGUCAAGCGAGAGAGUAUAAUGCCCUUGUUAUGGAUCUGCUGGGGCCAAGUCUUGAAGAUCUGUUCAAUUUUUGUACUAGAAGAUUUACUAUGAAGACCGUGCUAAUGUUGGCCGAUCAAAUGAUAAGCAGAAUUGAAUAUGUGCAUACAAAAAACUUUAUUCACAGGGACAUCAAGCCUGACAACUUCAUCAUGGGUAAUGGUCGUCAUUGCAACAAAUUAUUCAUAAUAGAUUUUGGUCUGGCAAAAAAAUACAGAGACAGCACAACUCGAACCCACAUUCCAUACAGAGAGGACAAAAAUCUGACCGGAACAGCUCGAUAUGCCAGCAUCAAUGCUCACCUGGGCAUUGAACAGAGUCGAAGAGAUGACAUGGAGUCUCUGGGUUAUGUUUUAAUGUAUUUCAACAGAAGCAGUUUACCCUGGCAAAACUUAAAAGCAACAACUAAAAAGCAAAAGUAUGAAAAAAUUAGUGAAAAAAAGAUGUCCACACCUGUUGAAGUUCUUUGCAAAAGUUUUCCAGCUGAAUUCUGCAUGUACUUAAAUUAUUGUCGUGGCCUGAGAUUUGAUGAGGCCCCAGACUACAUGUACAUGAGGCAACUCUUUCGAAUUUUAUUCCGUACCCUAAAUUUCAGCUAUGAUUAUGUCUUUGACUGGACUAUGCUGAAACAAAGAUCAGCCAUCUCUGCUGUACCACCACAACAACAAAAUAACCUUCUGAAUAAUCGCUGA